AUGACUUUUAUAGAAAAUAGCUAACAAAAAUCAAUUUAAAAGUAUAAUUUAAUAUAGUAAGCAUUUAGGACAUUUACCACAAAAUUAAGAUUUUGUAAUGCAAGAUUGAUUGGAUAGUAAUACAUUAUAAACAUAAUUGGAAAUUUGAUUUUCGGAGAAGAGAAAACAAGAAAAUUUGAUACUAUUAAUUAAUUUUUGUUAUAAGUUUAAUGA